AUGCUCGCCAUCCAAAAAAGCAGCUCCCACAAAGGGAAAUUCACUCCCCAUCUCCUCCCCUGCCGAAUCCACCACAACGGGCCCGUCAAUGCCUCGAAAAGAUAUUGGGAUCCAAAGACCACUGCAGGCGUGGGUAAAGGUACCUCCCUCCCUUUCCCACACCACGCCAUACUCCAAUCCUUUAAAUACCACCUACCACCUAACACUUCACCCCCAGAAUCAAAACCAACCUCCUACUUCCGCGGCCGCAAGCUCCACGGCAAAACCCUCGCGAUCCCCAAGGGCUACCGCGGCGUCGUCCUCGCACGCAGCGAUCGCGUACUUCCCCCCAAACCCGACGGUAGCACGAUAAAUCAGGAAGACGGAGAUAUGGAGGAGGAGGGGGUGAGCGAGGUAAAGAUCGUAGAGGAGCAGGCGGAGUUUGGGAGUGUGGUCGUUUGGGGCCAUGAGUGUUUGCCGGAUGAGAUGGCGGAUGCGUAUUGUAGGGGUGUGGAGGAGUGGAUUGGGUUUGCGGAGAUGGUGAGUUGAUAUGUGAUGAGAGGGGAAAUGGGUGGGAUGAUAUAGGUGGAGUUAUGGGACUUUGCUGAUGCUUUGGUAGAUUCAUGGUGAGGAGGAGGAGGGGGGGAAAUGAAUGGAUGGAUGGGUGGUACGGGUGUUGGGUUUGUGGAUUGGGCGUUUUCGGGGUGGUGUGUUUGGGAUGGAGUUUGGGAAUACCUGGAUAUGCCUAGGCGUGCUAGGUAGGUCAACUUGGGUUUGAGUGUUUUCCUAGAGGCGAUUCCAUUCUUUUUUUGGGUUUGUAGAAUAGAUGGGUGGGUUCUCGUAGAGGCUUCUUAUAUCAACAGAAGUUCUCUACCUAAUUUGUACUUUUCCUUCCCUCUCUCUCAAACUCAACUCAACCCAAUAAUACAAGUUUAAUCUUCAC